UUGUGUAUAUGUCCGCAGCCUUGGUCGACGCCGCCCCGAUCGACGCCGCCUCACUCUGGCCUGAGCUCGACCGCACGUGCGCGUAUAUCAACGCCGCCUCGCGCACUCCGCUCCCCGCCUGCGUCCUCGCGGCGGGAGAGGCGGCGGUGCGCAGGAAGGCGGCGACGCCGUGGGACAUCGGCGACACCGAGGCUCAGAAGGAGGAGGUGCGGACACUGUUCGGCGAGCUGCUCGGCGGCGGCGUCUCCAGCCGCGACGUGGCGGUCCUCCCGAGCUGCUCCUUUGCGAUGAGCGUCGCGGCGCACAACUUGCGCGGCGCGAUGCGGGCGAGGCCGGCGGGCCGGAGGCGGGUGCUGGUGCUCGAGGACCAGAACCCGUCCAACGUGAUGCAGUGGCAGGCGCUGUGCGACGACGAGGGCGGCGAGCUCCUCGCGCUCCCUCGCCCCGCCGACGGCGACUGGGCGAGUGCGCUCGUCGCGCAAGUCGACAGCGGUUCGGUCGCCGUGGCCGCGCUGCCGCCAUGCCAUUGGUGCGACGGCGCGGUGGUCGACCUGGCGGUGGUCGGGGCGGCGUGCAGCGCGCGCGGCGUGCCGCUCGUCGUCGACGCGACGCAGUGGCUCGGCGCGGCGGCGCCCCUCGAGCCGGCGAGGAUCGGCGCCUGCUUUGUCGCGUGCAGCGUGCACAAGUGGCUGCUCGGCCCGUACGGGGCGUGCCUCUGCUACGCGGAGCCCUCGUUCUGGCGGGCUUUGGCCGGAGGCGCGGCCUGCUCCCGCCUCUUGCUUCAUGCGGCGGCGCUUGGCUUCGAGGUGCCGCCGCGCCACGCGCCGGGCAUCGUCGGCCUCCGGACGGGCGCCGGCAUGCCGCCGGCUGCGGAGCUCGUCCGACGGCUCGCCGCGCUCAAGCCUCGGCCGGUGCUCGUGUCGGAGCGGCUCGGUGUGAUUCGCGUCUCGCCGCACCUGUACAACACGCCGGACGAUUUGCGCUGCCUGCUCGACGGGCUACGCGAGGCAGUCCGGCCGGCGAGUCGACUGUGA